AUGCUACGGGUGACCGGUCACCUCGGCCGCGAGCUGUCCAAGGUCGCGUAUCUGACCGAUGUGGAAGGCAACUGGGCGUACUUUGUGCGAUGUGUUGAGGCCUCGCCGGUGCUGUCGUUUGCAGAGGCGACGUCCGACGAGGCGGUCGAGGCACUGGCAGCGGCGCGGAUCGAAAGCGGCGUCGGCUCGCAGGCCGAGGCUCUGGCGGCGCUGCGGGCCUUUCCGCCGCACGCGCUCCGGCUAGCGCCCGAUGCUGGACUGGUCUUUGGCGGCGAUGUCUUUGACCGCGGCCUUGGCGACAUCACUUGCCUCACUGCGCUGGUGGGCAUCAAAGAGCGCUAUCCGGAUCGGGUGUUUUGGACCCUCGGCAACCGUGACAUCAACAAGGCCCGGCUGGCGUCCGAGCUGGCGGAUCCGGCCGAGCUGGCCCGCCACCCGGCGGCGGUCGGCGGCCCGUACUGGGUCCCCAAGCUCUUUCGCCACCCGUGGGAGCUGUAUCUGGCUCGCAAAGGCCUUCUUGGUUCGUCUUGGCAGCACGACGGGUUUACUAAGCUCCGCUACCUGCUGCAGCGGACGAUGGGCUGCGACGGGCGAACAAUCGCCCACCGCAGACUCGAGCUUGCCGUGCUGGCCGGAGGUGGGCCAGAGGACGUGCGCAGUGUGUCGGACGCCGACGUGCUGCGAUCGUUCACGACGCUUGUGGCGCCCGAUCCAGACUCGCUCUUUGCACGCUACCUCCGCUACGGCUCAGUGGCGGUCCGCCUCGGCGACGCGCUGUUUGUGCACGGGGCGGUCGACCAGCCGUCGCUGGCCGUUGUUCCGAGCUGGGUCGGCUACCGCUCAGACCGCAGGGCCUCUGCUGACGUGCCUUACGCGGCUUACCCGCCGAUGGUCUCGGCACCGGCGCCGACCGCGCUUGAGGACAUGGACGUCGACGCCUGGGUUCGCGACAUCAACGCCUGGAUCCAGUCCGAGGUCUCGGACUGGCUUGAUCAUCCCCACUACGAUGCCGACCGCUGCCACCGCGGCGGCGAAGGCCUCAUCGGCUAUGCCAAUCAGUCAUGUAUGUCGUCGCGGACUGUCGUCUACAACUCGUGGCUCACCAAUGGCCACCCGGUGGCUCCUGGCCCGGGCCUCGCCGGCGCGCUCGCCGGCGCGGGCAUCCGCCGCGUCUUUUCCGGCCACCAGCCGUUUGGCGACCACCCGCUAGUCAUGAAGGCCCACGGCGUGAAAGUCGUCACCGCAGACACCUCGUACUCGGACGUCAACGCCGACGACAAUCGCGGCGCCGCUGUCGCCAGCAUCGUCUGUAACCUUGAUCCGUCGGCGCCCGACACCCACAUCACCGGUCGACUUGCCUGUGGCGCCGGCUUUGAUUUCCUCGUCGAUGCCGACGACCUCAUCGGCCGCCACUGCUACUCUUCGGUUGGCAGCGAGUGGAUCACUGCCUACCUUCCGGGCUCUUCCCACUACGUCCUCCGCUCCGGCGCCGGCUUUGACGUCUCGCACCGGCUGGUCUCGCCCGACGAGGCGCUGGCUGUUGUCACCAGCGGAGUGUGA